AGGAAAGGAAGGAAAGGAGAGUGGGAAGAGGGAAGAGGAAAGAGGAGAGGCCCGUCGUCGCAAGCCGCUUUAUUCUUGUGUUUUCUGCAGCGGAGGAGGGGGCAGCCCCCGAUAGGCAUCCCGGCAUGCUGAAAGUCACCAUGCCCUCUUCCUCCUCCUCCUCCUCUUCCUCUUCAUCCUCUUCCUCUUCUUCCUCCUCUUCCUCCUCCUCCGGCUCCUCAGCCGCCGGCCGCCCCGGGUCCGCCGCUCCCGACUACUGGAUCGAUGGCUCCAACAAGGACACCCUGGCCCACUACUUCGAGCUGGAAUCCGAGCUGGGACGUGGGGCUACAUCCAUUGUCUACAGAUGCAGGCAGAAAGGGACCCAGAAACCUUACGCCGUCAAAAUGUUGAAGAAGACAGUAGACAAGAAAAUUGUCCGCACAGAAAUAGGAGUUCUUCUUCGCCUGUCACAUCCUAACAUUAUAAAAUUGAAGGAGAUCUUUGAGACCCCAACAGAAAUCAGUCUUGUUCUGGAACUGGUCACAGGUGGAGAGCUGUUUGAUCGGAUUGUGGAAAAGGGUUACUACAGUGAACGAGAUGCUGCUGACGCUGUUAAACAAAUCCUGGAGGCAGUUGCUUACCUGCAUGCAAAUGGGAUUGUGCAUCGUGACUUGAAGCCAGAAAAUCUACUCUAUGCAACACCGGCACCAGAUGCACCUCUAAAAAUCGCUGACUUUGGACUUUCCAAGAUUGUGGAAGACCAGGUGACCAUGAAGACAGUUUGUGGAACUCCAGGAUAUUGUGCUCCAGAGAUACUACGGGGAUGUGCCUAUGGCCCUGAAGUGGACAUGUGGUCUCUGGGAAUUAUCACCUACAUCCUACUUUGUGGAUUUGAACCAUUUUAUGAUGAAAGGGGAGAUCAGUACAUGUUUAAGAGAAUCCUGAACUGUGAAUAUGACUUUGUAUCCCCCUGGUGGGAUGAUGUGUCUCUGAAUGCCAAGGAUUUAGUUAAAAAGUUGAUUGUUUUAGAUCCCAAGAAACGUCUUACCACUCUACAGGCUUUGCAGCACCCAUGGGUCACAGGGAAGGCAGCAAACUUUGCACAUAUGGACAAUGCACAAAAGAAACUUCAAGAAUUCAAUGCUCGGCGUAAACUUAAGGCUGCAGUAAAAGCUGUGGUGGCAUCAACUCGCCUUGGCAGCGCCAGCAGUCACAGUGCACAUGACAGCAACAAGCCCAGCCAUAACCUGUCUCCUGUCCAUGACAGCAAACCUGAAGAGAAAUCUAUUCAGGAAGCAGAAGCAGCUCCAAAAGAAAUGCCUUAGGUCAACAUGCUUCCUUGUUUCAGUUGAAAUCUGUCAUUACAUACACCAGCUUACUUGUCAUUCAGCAAGAGAGAUUCAUAAGCUUGGUUUGUCUGGUUCUGCUUAAGGGUGCCAAAUACACUGGCUGGUGAUCCUACCUUCAAUGCAUGUGACUGAUUAUGAAAAUAGUAAACAGUUCCAUAAGGCAUGUCAUGGAAACAGUGUUAUUUGCAGUAAUACCAGCAGGUAAAAUCAUGGGGAUGAAUAACUACCUAUUAUAAUGUGUAUACUUCAUAUACAUGUAUCUAGUGUUUCUAGAUAGCACUUGAAAUGAAAUACUACUUAAUUUGUCUUCUGUAUGUUGGUGAGUUUCUUUGAAUUGCUUCCUUCCAGAUUCAUAAUCUUGCAGCAGACAAAAUGGAAGCAAAUACCACGCCAAUGCUUUUAAAACUGAUGUAUGAAAUAAUGCUUUUUAACUUUAAAAUUAAAAAAGCAUUUGGGGAUCUAUAUGCAAAAAACAUUCCACUACUUCUGAGAAGAAAUUUAAAUGUUAGCUCCACUAGGCAUGAAGAUGUACAUUCCUCAAGCUUGUGUUGAGAAUGCCUUAUCCUGACUUUUCUUAUUUAUAUACAGUAUUUUAAUGACAACCAAAAUUAUUCAGAUUUCUGCCAUUUCAUUCUCUAGUAUAGCUAAACAAAACAAUAGACUAAAAGAGGAUUAGCGCAGAUGCAAAUUUGAACCAUUAUAAUUGUUCCUUAAUUUCUAAACUCUGCAGCUAAAAGACAUUUGUAUAGGGCCUAAGGGAACAACCUGCUAUAAUACCAGUUAUAAAUGCCUAAAGGAAGCUAUUCCACAACCCAAUGAUUUUGCUCUGGAGAAACAUUCUUAUACAAGGUCUGGGAUGAAGCAGUAUAAUCUAGUUGCUUCCCAGAUCGCUUAACCUCCACUUGCCAGCAUAAUUAGUCCAGGUUUUCCUAACAAAGGACCCCUCCUGUAAAGUGAUCCACCAGCAUAGAUCUUACAUCUACCAGAGCUCCUGUGUCUUAAGUUAAAAGCUGUGAUGUGCAUGAAUCUUGCAAAAUUAGGGUCAGUUAAUUCUUGAUUCUUUUGUUGAGAAUCAGGUAUCUUGAUUCUUUUGUUGAGCAUAACUAAUAGAAAUUGAAAAACUAACAUGCAUCAGUAUGUAUGACCAUCUACAUUUGUUUGUUAUCACUUUGACAGCAUGUGAAUUUUGUGAUGUUAUUGAUAUAUUACAGAAAUGGCAAAAAGAACUUGAUGUACAAGAAUGUCAUUUGUGUUUGUUAAACUUUUUAAUACUGAUAGUUAUGUAACAUCCUACUACAAGUCAACGUUCCUCUUUUGCUUUAAUAAUUUUUAUGUUGCUAGGCUUUGCACAGUUUACCUUGAAAAAUAUAUCAGCUACUGAAAAAAGUCAUUAAUAAAACAUUCAGUAGGUACAUUUCCUGGAAAAAUUAAAGGGUAAUAUGAAGUUAUUCAUAUAGUAGGUUUGAUAAAUAAAAUAUAAUCAAGAUUAAUAUAAAAA